AUGAAGUGGUUACAACUGUUGUCUUUGGCUCUGCAUCUGGGCUCCACAGCGGCAGUGAGCAGUUCCACGGAAAGUAUGAAAAAAGUACUCGCGCCUUUCAAGUAUAACCCAUUUCCCUUGGGUACGAUCACCGCAACGGGCUGGGUGCAUGAUCAGCUGGAGCUCGAAGCAAAUGGUUUGGCCGGUCAUCUCUACGACUUCUACCGCUUUGUGGCCGGGUCAACGUGGGUCGGUGGCAGUUGGGAAUACAGCACGCUAGACGAGGCAGCGCCCUACUGGUUUAACUACGUUGUUCCCCUUGCCUGGACGAUCAACGACUCGCGUCUGAAAGCUCAGGCGAAGGAAUUUCUCGAUUACGUGCUAGACCAUCAAGCUGAAGAUGGAUGGCUGGGGCCCGAGACCACUCGCCAGACCCGAGGAAUCUGGGCACGUAGUCUGCUAUGCUUUGGAUUAGUACAAUAUGCACAGGCAGAUCCAUCCGAGACAGAGCGGAUUGUGACAGCGAUGCAUAAGUUCACCAUUCUGGCACAUUCCAUGCUCAAGGACAACUUCACUGGCUUAAUUGAGAACAAAACCCUUGGAGAUAGCUUUGACCCCUACGGCUUUGGACUAGCGCGAACGCAUGAAUUGCCCAUGUCGUUGCAGUGGUUGUAUGAGAACUAUCCACGCAACAACUCUGAAAUCAUUUGGGAGACCAUGGAACUUAUGUUUGCCGGCGGUGUCGCGGGUGGCAAGGACUGGACGACGUUCUUCGUUGAGGGUGUAUUCCCUACCCUUGGAACGCCAUAUAUCACGACCAGUUCAUUCACCCAUGGGGUCAAUCUAGCGGAAGGACUACGGUAUCCCACGGUGCUCUACCGCAUGAAUGGAAAUUCUUCUCUGCUGGACCAGACCGCCUUAGCAGUAAACUUGCUCACCACUUAUCAGUCGACACUUGCUGGGAGUAUCACAGCCGAUGAGCAUCUGGGCGGACUCAGUCCCGAGAGAGGCUCGGAGACUUGCAUAUCGGUUGAGAUGAUGUUUUCCGUGGCCUAUCUGUAUCGGUUCUAUGGCACCAACGCAUACGCAGACCGAGCUGAGCGCGUGGCAUUCAACUCCCUCCCUGCGGCGCUAUCGCCGAAUUGGUGGUCACAUCAAUAUGUUCAGCAGGUCAAUCAGCCUUGGUCCCGCAACCUGAGUGCCAUUCCUUUCGGAAACGUGAACUCCUAUGCCAACAGCUAUGGCCUUGAGCCCAACUUUCCCUGCUGCACCGUCAACCACGGCCAGGGUUAUCCCAAGUAUGUGGCCGCUUCUUAUGUGCUCGAGGGAGACAGCCAUGUGAUCCACGCGCUGCUGGGCCCCGAGACAUUGAGCGCGAAGCUGGCUACAGGCAACGUGACCAUCGCAUGCACGACCAACUACCCCUUCUCCGGCCGACUGGAGUAUGCAAUCACGACCACCACUGACAUCUCAUUCUCUGUCCGUAUUCCCGACUGGGUAAACAAAACGAACUCUCAGUACUCACUCACGGGCGCAAACUUCAAACCCUUAUCCUCAGAUUUCAGUAACCUGCAAACCUUCAACCUCACCAAAGGAACUACUCAGAUAGUCAUCGAUCUAGAAAUGGGCAUCCAAGUCACCAAAUCACCAGCCAACGGCACUGCAGCCGUCUAUUACGGCCCUUUGCUGUACGCUCUUGACAUCGAUUAUAACUCUACCCACCACAGCCCCUUAAACUACUCUUCCUUGGAGCCGCUGCCCGCCGACCAGAUCGUUGCCCAGACACACGACUAUGUGCUCAACCCGACCUCUGCUUGGCGGUACGCUAUUGAUCCCACCUCAGUCACUGUUCAGCAAGUCUAUGACCGCGACGGACAACUCCAGAAUCCCAUCUGGGCAAAGAACGCUACUCCCGUUGCCCUGUUCGCGGAUGCAUGGUUGGUUCCAUGGGAGGAAAACUUGGGAACCGCUGCGGUGCCCCCUAAGUAUCCUAAUGUCACCGGGUCUCCGAGUAAAAUCCGCUUGGUCCCUUACGGCUCGGCAAAAUUGCAUAUUGCCGAUUUUCCCAUUGCGGUGCAGGCGUCAUAG